AUGGCAGGGAAUAGAGAGGCGCCCUUAGAUGGAACCAGGGAUGGAAAGGGGCGGCGCGGAGGGACACUGGGAGGUCCGGCCUUGCUGCCAGGGCAGUCACAGGGGCCGGGAUUGUCACCAGUUCACACCGCAGUGGAGCUAGUGGACGUCCGAGCCAUCCUCGCGGCGAUGGGCUGCCUAGUGGCUGCCAUCUGGUCACUCCUCAACCCCCGCACCCUCCUGCUGGGAGCUGUCCUCUUUCUGUUCCUUGCCAAUUUCUUCAAAAGGCGGCGUCCAAACAACUACCCACCUGGACCUCCGAUUCUGCCUAUCUUUGGAAACUUCUUCCAUAUGGGUUUCAAGGAGCCGCACCUCUUCCUUCAACAGUAUGUGAAGAAAUACGGGAAUGUUUUUAGCAUGGAAGUUGGUAGCUUCUCUACAGUCAUUAUAACGGGAUUGCCCUUAAUCAAAGAAGCCCUUGUCUACCAGGACCAAAAGUUUGCAAACCGCCCUGUAUCCCUUGUCCGAGAGCGUGUCUUUAAGAACAAUGGAUUGAUCAUGUCAAAUGGCCAAGUAUGGAAGGAACAAAGAAGGUUCACCCUGACAACACUAAGGAACUUUGGUUUAGGAAAGAGGACCUUAGAGGAACGCAUACAGGAGGAGGCCCACCACCUCAACCAGACAAUAGAAGAGGAGAAUGGACAGCCUUUUAACCCUCAUUUCAAGAUCAACAGUGCAGUUUCCAAUAUUAUUUGCUCCAUCACCUUUGGGGAACGCUUUGAGUACCAGGAUCAUCAGUUCCAAGAAAUGCUGAAGUUGCUGGAUGAGGUCAUAACUCUGGAGGUGUCAGUCUUCUGCCAUCUCGAUAAUAUCUUUCCAUGGAUAAUGAAAUUCAUUCCUGGACCCCACCAAACAGCCUUAGUCAAAUGGGAGAAACUAAAAUUGUUUAUUGCCCGUGUGAUUGAAAACCACAGGAGAGAUUGGAAACCUGACGAAACAAGGGACUUUAUUGAUGCAUACCUCAACGAAACAGAAAAGCAUGCAGACAACCCAACUUCAAGUUUCAAUGAUGAAAACCUCAUUGUCAGUACCCUGGACCUGUUCUUUGCUGGAACGGAGACAACUUCAACGACGCUGCGCUGGGGUCUGCUUUACAUGGCCCUCUACCCAGAAAUCCAAGAAAAAGUACAAGCUGAGAUCGACACAGUGAUUGGCCCUUCACAGCCGCCGAGCAUGGCUGCUCGAGAGUCCAUGCCCUACACCAAUGCCGUCAUCCAUGAGGUGCAGAGAAUGGGAAAUAUCAUCCCCCUGAAUGUGCCCAGGGAAGUGGCAGCUGAUACCACCCUGGCUGGAUACCACCUGCCCAAGGGGACCAUAAUCGUGACGAAUCUGACUGCACUGCACAGGGACCCCACAGAGUGGGCCACCCCCGACACAUUCAAUCCGGAGCAUUUUCUGGAGAAUGGGCAGUUUAAGAAAAGGGAAGCCUUUCUGCCUUUCUCAAUAGGAAAGCGGGCAUGCCUUGGAGAACAGUUGGCCAAGACUGAGCUGUUUAUUUUCUUCACUUCCCUUUUGCAAAAAUUUACAUUUAAGCCCCCACAUAAUGAGAAGCUGACUCUGAAACCCAGAAUAGGCAUCACCAUCUCCCCAGCCAACCACCGCAUCUGUGCUGUUCCUCGGACAUGAAGGAGAAGAGAGGGAAAAGGAAAGCAAGAGGGGUCAGCAUGUCCUCCACUCUGAAGGCAUGGCGCCUGCUCAGAAGUGAGGGAACGGGAUAAAAGUGGCCCUGAGGAAAGAUUGUAGAGUUGGACUCAGAGAAAACUGGAUCUAAAUCCACUUUGUUACCUCCUCCAGUGUAGCCUUGAGCAAAUCAUGUGUCGUGAUUUACCUUUUCAUCUAGAAGAUGAAAAUAAGAUAAUGAUUCCUUCUCUAAAGGAAGACUUGCUGUAAGAAUGACAGAAAAUAAUGGACUUUGCAUGAUUUGAAAACCAUGAAUCACAUCAUAAAAGUUAUCGCUGUAA